GGCCGUCCAGAUCGCCUGCUAACUCGCUCUCUUUGGUUGUCUUUGCCUAAGCGUGCCUCGGCCGCCGCGCUAUUCUAUACGCCUCCAGCCUAUCACCGCCGCCUCGUUGCCGCCCGGCCCACUGCCUUUCUUGCUGUAUACAGCUUUAUACCGUAUACAGUACUAUAGACUUGGCUAUCGCUUACUCGCUCACCCUGGAUCUCCGCCCUAAAUACGCACAGAGCUCGUCGUCGUCAUGGAUCAGGAAAACAUAGAAUACACCGACCUGUUUGACUUCGAAUCCUUGAUCCACUAUGGCCAGGACCCUAGUAUAGACACGUUCAAUGCAUUUACCUCUGCCGGCCUGUUCGACACCUCAUAUCAAGGGCCACCGCUGGCAGGGGAUCCGACCUUUGUCCCGGCGACGCCUGCGGAAUACUCCUUUUACAACAACAAUGCUUAUCUCACUUCGACCCCGGCAUUCACGGCCUCCCCUCAAGACUUCCGUCCGGCCGUGGACAAUUGGGCCGCAGGGGAUGCUCGUGCUCGCCCGAUGAAGGAGAAGCGAAGAGACGCCGCCAUUGAUUUUCAUAUCCAGCGAAGUAGCAGUGCGCCUCACUAUCCGCACUCACUUCCUGCAAAACCGCAGCAGGCUUCUGAUGCGCAUUCAGCCUCUUAUUCCCGUGAAUCCUCCCAGGAGAGUUUCACAGAAAAACCACAAAGCGUGGGAUCAGUCUCUCAUGCCACUCCAGGCUCCUCCCGGAGCGAGCAGUUCUCAGAGGGCACUCCUGGUAGCAUGGAGUUAGUCCUCGACAUGAACAUGAAUGCAGCCACGCAACUUCCAAAGAAGCAGAGAAAGCGGACCAAGGCGGAGAUCGAGGACUAUAUCAAUGUCCGUAGAAAUGGAGCCUGCCUAAAACAUAGAAAACAACAUAAGAAGGUAAUUUUUCCUACGCUUUUUUUAAAUCGGGAAGUACUAAUAUUAGCAGUGUAACUGCCUGGACAAGAUUAUCUCGACUCCCGGCACCCCAAAAGUGAGGACCAAAAACUCUCGGGAUAAGCAACCAUCGCUUACCCAGACUCCCAGCCCAUAUGGAUCCAUUC